AUGGACGAGGCAUCUGUACAGAGACAUCCCUCUGUGGAUAGCAAGUUCCAAGAUCUUGCCCUGACCAAAUGUGCUUCCAUUGAAGGGAAAAAAAUGUUCACCAAGCCCACAAAUGCUGGCUUUUCCCUCAGCCACAAUGUCAGUAGGCUGUUGGCCAGCCUUUCAGUGGUUGGAAACAGGAUCCCCACACCCCAGCCCACUGUGAGGGAGAAGGUUUUGUGUGUCCCUGAAAACCCAAACACCAGUAUUGGAAAUCAGGGCCCAAUUAAGAUGUACAUCGAUGAAGUGUGUCGAGAGGCAGCGUUUCAUUGCUGCAAGUCAUUUCUGCAGCAGGCCGGAUUAAGUCUGCUAAUGAGCAUGACAGUUAUUAAUAACAUGCUUGCCAAGUCGGUUGCAGACCUGCAGCUUUCUUUGAUAUCUGAGGGAAGUGGAUGUGCAAAAGUUCAGGGACUGGAACCGCUGCUGGGAUUGUCUGAAAAGCCGGUGCUGGUAGGCAAAGCGCUGGCUGCCCAAACGCUAUUCUCAUUCAUGUUCCUGUAUAUCAGGAGUGGGAGCAGAGAGAUGCUUAUGGAAGCCCUCUCUCAUAAGUGGCGGUCUCGAGCAGAAGGAGACUGAAUCCACCCAGAGCCCAGGCAGUCUACUGAGGACAAAGAGGCUGCAGUGGGUGCAAGCAAGGAUGCAGCUUUAGCCAGGCAGCAGCUCCUCCUUGGCCAAAAGUUCCAGCCGCUAAAUGGGGGGCCACAGUCUUCUUGGCCAGGCAGGGCACCCCAGAGCUCUGGGCAACUUCUGGGUUUGUAGUCUGCAGGUCAAGUGCAUUCUAAAUGGUUCCCUUGCAGCAAAGGGUAAAGGGAUCACUCACC